AUGUCAGUUCCACUUCCACCUUUCGAUCCGACCAAGCCAUCCACACCAAUCUCCUUCCCAAUCAAGACCCUUCAAGACUUGGAGUCUCGCUCUUACUUCGACUCCUUUCAUUUCUCCUUUAACCGCUCAUCCGUCUCUCUCCGGCGGAACGUCGGCAGCUUACCGGAACGAUCCAGGCUCUUGGUUUGCCACGACAUGAAAGGAGGCUACGUCGACGACAAGUGGGUUCAAGGUUGCGGAAACAACAACGGUUUCGCCAUCUGGAAUUGGUACUUGAUGGACGUCUUUGUCUACUUCUCUCACUCUCUCGUCACUCUUCCUCCUCCUUGCUGGACCAACACUGCUCACAGACAUGGCGUCAAGGUAUUGGGGACUUUCAUCACAGAAUGGGACGAAGGUAAAGCUACUUGCAAAGAGCUGUUGAAGACAGAGGAGUCUGCGAAGAUGUAUGCAGAGCGUUUGGCUGAACUUGCUGCUGCUCUAGGCUUUGAUGGCUGGCUUCUAAAUAUAGAGAACGUAAUAGAUGAAGUUCAAAUUCCGAAUUUGAAGACUUUUGUAAGCCAUCUAACCAAAGUCAUGCACUCAUCUGUCCCCGGGAGUUUAGUUAUAUGGUAUGAUAGUGUGACUGUCCAUGGUGUUCUUGCUUGGCAAGAUCAGUUGACUGAGGAGAAUAAGCCUUUCUUUGAUGUAUGCGAUGGAAUAUUCAUGAACUAUACAUGGAAGGAGAACUACCCAAAAGCAUCAGCUAAAAUUGCCGGUGAUAGAAAAUAUGAUGUGUACAUGGGAAUUGAUGUGUUUGGCCGGGGAUCUUUCGGUGGUGGCCAAUGGACGGCAAACAUUGCCCUUGAUUUGCUGAAGAAGAACGAUGUAUCAGCUGCGAUGUUUGCUCCUGGAUGGGUAUACGAGACUGAGCAACCACCGGAUUAUCAUACAGCACAAAAUAAAUGGUGGUCACUUGUUGAGAAGUCAUGGGGAAUAGUUCAGAGAUAUCCAGAAUCCUUACCUUUCUACUCAGAUUUCAAUCAGGGCCUUGGCUCUCAUGUUUCUCUCGGAGGUCGGACAUUGUCAGAUGCUCCUUGGUACAACAUCUCAUGCCAAAAUCUGCAGCCAUUUCUAGAGUUCAAUGAAGCAAAGAAUUCAGAGAUCCUCCAGGUCACUGUUGAUGGUCGAGAAGCUUCUUAUAACGGAGGAGGGAACGUUUGUUUCAGAGGAAAACUAAAGAGACAUGAAAAAUUCACAGCAAGACUCUUCAAACCUCAGCUUCAGCUUUCUUCUGAUUCCCCCAUCUCAUUAUCUUACUCUGUGAAAUCAGAUAAAAGAUCUGUUCUAGGCAUUCUGCUCCGUUUUUCAUCUUCUUCACAGGAGACAAAUUCCUUACUCAUGGCGCCAGAUGAGUCCAUCCACAGAUUUGGCGACGACAUGUUCCUGCCAUGUCUUCUCACAUCAACACAGACCAAAUCCGACUGGACAGUACACGAAACAAACAUUGUUCUGGAUGGACACACACUGACUGAGAUCUCUGCUCUCUGCUACAGACCAAAUAAUGAUCUCUCAGAAGAAACAAACACAACAGAAUAUUUUGCAUUGCUUGGGCAUAUCUCCAUCAAGAGCCAGCAAAAAACUAAUAUUUUUCCUCCGGCGUCAUCGUGGAUAAUCGAGGCUCGUAACGUGCAGUUUCUACCGGGUGGCUCUGGCUCCAGGACCUUAAGUUGUAAGCUAGAAUGGAGAUUGAAGCAUCCUGAAGACUCUGUGUUUACAAGGUACAAUGUGUAUGCUGAGACUCUAAAGUCGAGUGAGUACAGAACAAGGAAGGUUAUGGAAGAGCCGAGAAGUGAUGAGAAGGUGUUUCUUGGAACGGCUCAUGUUGAUGCUUAUUAUGUUUCUGACAUGGUCGUUGGAUCAGAUGUCAAGAAACUCCGGUUCGUGGUUCAAGCCUGUGGUGAAGAUGGUUCAUGGCAGGAACUUGAUGCUUGUCCUAACCUUCUAGUUGAUGUAGAGCGUUUCGGUUCAAAGUUUUGUUGUGGUUUGUUUUGA